AUGGAGGAGCUAGAUGUCUCCUCGCACAAGGAGGACUUAGAAGGUGAUGAAUCUGAAGGGGUCGAGGAUUCGGACAAGCCACAUGAGAAUGCCAAUGCACUGGCACGACAUGGCAAAUGUGCCCAUGACAACUUCACAGCUACAAGGUUCAAGUAUUAUGUUAGUAUUCAUCUACAGUCAAGCAUUUCACUUGCAGGUAACUCUGUGAUCAUCAAGACACGAAAAAUGAAAGUGGAAGUUCUUAUCCUUCUGGUAUGUGGUGAAUUCAUGCUCACCACAAUAGCACAGCAGCUCCGAGAGCAAUCUGGAACUCAGCAAAGCAGCAAGCUGCAGCAACCUCAGAAUUUCAGUGCAGAUUCACAACAUGAUGUUGAAAUUAUGCUUGCACCAUUGGAACGACCAGAAUCAGUCCCUGAUAUGCAAACAAUUUAUGCAUUGACAGAAAAGAAUAGUGAGUUUGGUUUUAACCUCUACAGGAAAAUAGCAAACCUAUAUGAAGAUAAUGUGUUCCUUUCACCUAUUGCAGUCUCCACAACCUUAACCAUGAUAUCCCUUGGUGCCAAUCAAGCUACAGGUGAUGACAUACUCCAAGGCCUCAACAUAAAAGAUUUGGUCAAUGCUGACAACCAGUACCUAUUGCACACAUUGUUUCAGUGGCUUCAGUGCAACAUUAGCAGAAACAAAGAGCUUCUUAUCUCACAGGGAAGUUCUUUGUUUGUACAGGAUGACAUUGAUUUGAAACCAACAUUCAUUGAUGAUCUUUCUCAUUUUUAUAUGGCGAAUAUUAUUCCUGUAAAUUUUCAAGAAACAGCCAAUACCAAAGAUGUUAUUAAUCAAUAUAUCAGCAAUAGAACAAAUGGAAAAAUCAACAAGUUGCUUGAUGCCGUGGAUAGCAAAAUCAAACUUGUGUUUACUAAUUACAUCUUAUUCAAAGGGAAAUGGAUGGCUCCCUUUGAUCCAAAUGCUACUACGGAUGGGACAUUCUAUGUAAAUGCAUAUACCAGAAUCAAAGUUCCAAUGAUGUUCAAAGAGGACACAUUUUUCUUAACACAUGACCUGACUCAUUCUUGUAUAAUCCUGAAGAUUCCAUACCGAGGAAGUGCAAGCAUGUUGGUGUUGCUAUCAAAGGAUGGACAGUACCUACAACUGGAAGAUGAGCUAACAGAAAAAUUAAUUGCCAAGUGGAUCAAAGAAUUGAAACCUAAGAAAAUAGAAUUACAUUUUCCAAAAUUUAAACUGGACAAGUCGUAUAACUUGGAAAGGAAGCUGAGACAGAUGGGAAUGAUAAUGCCCUUCACAACCGCUGCCAAUUUUUCUGGAAUCUCUUCAUCUCACCAUCUGAAGAUUUCCAAGAUUAUUCACAAAGCAGUGAUCGAUGUGGAUGAGAGAGGAACAGAAGCUGCAGCUGUCACUGGUGCUUCAGUGGUGCCUUAUUCCCUUCCAUCUGUUAUAAAAGUGGACCAUCCUUUUAUCUUUAUGAUAUAUGAGGAAACAACAAAAACCUUACUGUUUAUAGGAAGAGUGAAAGAUCCCACCAAGCUUUAG